CUGCUCCGCAUGGAGCGCGCGGCCGUCGUCGCCUUUGGCGUCGUGUCCUACGGCUGCCACGUGUCCGGCUACGUCGCCGGCGACGACGGGCGGCCCGCGGCCGUCUGGGUCGCGACGCGCGCGCUGUCGAAGCCGACGUACGCGGGCCUCUACGACCAGAUCGCCGCGGGCGGGCUCCCGGCGGAGCUGACGCUGCUCGAGAACGCGAAGAAGGAGGCCGAGGAGGAGGCGUCGAUCCCCCGGGCCGUGCUCGACCGCGACCUGAGGCCCGCGGGCUGCGUGUCCUACAAGUACGCGGCGAAGCGGGGCCUCUCGGCGAAGACGCUCGUCGUCUUCGACCUGAGGCUGCCCCGGGAGCUCGUGCCCAUGAACGGCGACGGCGAGGUCGACGAGUUCCGCCUCGUGCCCGUAGACGAGGCCGUCGACUCGCUCCGCGACGAGCUCUUCAAAUGGAAGCCCAACUCCGCGCUCGUCAUGCUCGACUUCGCCAUGCGCCACGGCUUCGUCGACCCGGACGACCCGGAGUUCGUCCCCAUCGCCCAGGCGCUGCGCCAGGGCGGGUAA